AUGGAGCAGAAUGAAGAAACUAGUCUUUCAGAGCGCUUCAAGUCCGCUCUUUGGCUAUACAUCGGCAAAAUCGUGGACGAAGAGACUAUCAAGCUGGGUGUCAACACCACGCCCCAGUUCAUAGGGGCUCUGACAGAAAUGGUCUGGGCGCAGAUAGAGACUGUAAGCCACGAUUUGGAAGCGUUUGCGAGACAUGCUGGGCGCUCGACCAUCAACGUAUCCGAUGUGAUGCUCCUUGCUCGAAGAAACGAGGGUCUAGAAUCAAUCCUGCGUGCUUUUGUUGAUCAGCAGCGGGAACAGGCAGGCGAUUCGAGGGCCCAGGGGUCCGAAUCUGAGUAG